AUGCGUUCUCACAAGCUCUUCUUGUUGCUGGUCAGCAUUUUCUUUCCAUUCACGUUCGCUGCGUAUCAGCUGGUUCAGGACUAUUCCGGGGACGCCUUCUGGCAAGGCUUCGACUUUUUUACGGACACCGACCCGACGGAUGGCCUAGUACAAUUCAAAUCCCUGGAAGAGGCCAACUCCACUGGGCUGGCGGGUUUUAUUGAAGGGGGGAAUUCGUCCUUUGCGAUAUACAUGGGGGUGGAUACAGAAGAGGUGGCUCCCCAAGGACGGGCGAGUAUUCGAGUCUCAUCCACACAAUCAUUUCAACAUGCAUUAGUCAUUGCCGACAUUGUGCAUAUGCCAGGAGGAGUCUGCGGCACUUGGCCAGCCUUUUGGAUGCUCGGAACUGACUGGCCGAGUAAUGGAGAGAUAGAUAUCGUCGAGGGCGUGAACGAUCAAGCCACAAACAGCAUGACUCUGCAUACUGGAGAAGGCGCCGUGGUUAGUAACGGGACAGAUUUUUUGGGCGAGCUGGUCACUUCGAAUUGUGAUGUCAACGCUCCAGAGCAGCCGAUGAAUGCAGGGUGUUCAAUUGGAGACAUUUCGAAUCUGACCUUUGGAAACGAAUUCAACGCUGCUGGGGGCGGUGUCUUUGCGACCGAAUGGACGUCCGACUUCAUCAAGAUUUGGUUCUUCGCGCGAGGCUCCUUCCCCGACGAUAUCGUGAGCAGUACCCCAGCUCCCAGUGAAAGCUGGGGCACUCCAAACUCCAUCUUUCAAGGCCCAUUCAACAUCGACGAUCACUUCAAGAAUCUGCAGAUCGUGUUCGACACCACGUUCUGCGGCCAGUGGGCUGGUGCUGUGUGGAAUACUUCGACUUGUGCAACCCUAGCGCCGACUUGCGAGGAUUACGUGGCCAACAAUCCUAGAGACUUCGCCGAAGCUUACUGGGCAAUCAACAUCUUACAGGUCUUUCAAGACGAUGCUGAGCAGGAGAGUGCAAACACAACAACGCCGACGGAGCCAUCUACUGGUGGGCCACCGAGAACACGGCCUGGUCCUCCUCGGAGACUUCGGUCCAGGUCUGGCUCAAGAGUCCUGCCAAUAUUCUUAUAG